AAGUUUGACCUGUUUUACCUGUUUAAAAACACACCUCACACGAGUACACUAAUACUAAGAAGAGCACAAACAUUACACAGAGCCGACAUGUUCAGAGUAAGAGGCGACGUUGUCAGAUGGGAAUCCAGAGAAGACAGAAGAACACAGCCCAGCAGAAACAUCCCAAUAAAACAUAGCCCAGCAGAAGACAGCCAUUCAGAACAAAACACAGCAGAACACAGCCCAGAAAAACACAGCCCAAUAAAACACAGCCAAGCAGAACACCGCCAUUCAGAAAACAACAAAAAGGAAUACAGCCCAGAAAAGCGCAGCCCAAUAAGACACAGCCUAGCAGAACACAGCCCAAUAAAACACAGCCCAACAGAACACAACCCAACAGAACACAGCCCAAUAAAACACAGCCCAGCAGAAAACCACCAUUCAGAACAAAACACAGAAGAACAAAACACAAUACACAACGAGCCUGGCAGAUUUAACCCAAGUGAGACCUAAGAGAGGUUUCCAGAACGAAAAAUGUCAUCAGUGAUCUGGUGGGUGAGUCUGGUCUAUCUGGUGGGUCUGGGUCGGGCAGGGUUUCGACAGUCUCACCUGCUGACAGAUCAGAGAGGAACAUGCUCCCAGAACCAGCAGAUGACAGAACCAGACGGAGCAUGUGACAGAAAGGAUGCACCUUCAACCCUGGGACAAUGGGACGUGGAGUGGCUAACGAAGAUGAAGGCAGAAAUGCAGCGCAAAAUCCAGGAGAGACUGCAGAACAUUAAGGAGGUCAAAGAUUCGGUGGAGCUCAGCAAGAAAACUGCAGACAGAGAGCGAGACAUCAGUUUGCAGUCUAUCAGCAUGCUAAAUGUCUUGAUCAAGAAAGGCAAGGCUGAGCUUGUCAAAAUUAGAAAGAAGCAGAAAGCUGGAGCGAGGCAUGGUGAGAUGAUCAUUGAAGAUCUGGAGCAGGAAAUCAGUGAAUUACAGAGAAGAAGCCAUGAGCUGGAGCAACCAUCAGACCCAGAGGACCAUCUCCACCUACUUCAGAAGGACAGUCUUCCAUCCGAGGACUGGUCUGAGAUCAGCGUCCACAGUGAUCAGUCUGCCGGGAUGGUGAGAAGAUUCCUGUCUGGGCUGGUGGAGAAACUUGAGGGGGAAAUCAUGAAGUUGUCUAGUGUUGAGUUGAGUAUGGCUCAGCAGUACGCAGUGGAUGUGACUCUAGACAGUGACACAGCACAUCCCAAACUACUGCUGUCGGAGGAUCGCAAACAAGUGAGCGAGGGGCACUCAUGGCAGGAUCUCCCUGACAACCCGCAGAGGUUUAAUAUUUAUCUCAUUGUCCUGGGAAAAGAGGGCUUUUCCUCUGGGAGGUUCUACUAUGAGGUCCAAGUGAAGGACAAGACUGAAUGGGAUUUAGGAGUGGCCAGACAGUCCAUCAGUAGGAAGGGCCAGGUGUAUCUGGGCCCUGGUUAUCGACAUUGGACCAUCGUGCUGAGGAAUCGGGAUGAGUACCUGACUGCUACUGAACCCCCCAUCGUCCUCUCCCUCAGGGAGAAGCCCCAGAAAGUGGGGGUGUUUGUGGAUUAUGAGGAGGGUCUAAUCUCCUUUUUUGAUGUGAACAACCGGUCUCAUAUUUACUCCUUCACGGGUCAGAACUUCACAGAGAAACUCUAUCCAUACUUCAGUCCCAGCCGUAGGGGUGGAGAUAACUCAGCCCCACUAGUCAUCACACCUGUUCAUAAACCAGACAAUGUUUUCACCUCUUGACAAAAGGGGCCUAAAAUGUAACAUUUUUGGUUAAAUUCUUUCCUCAUCUAAAUUAGUCAAAUGUUUUCCUUCAGAUACUCAGUUUGGGAAUUCCAUCUGACCAGUCACAUUUUGUCCGCAUUCAAUCAGUGAUCAGAUUUAAUCUCAGCCUUAGUUAAAAUGUAGAGUUGUUCUGAUUCGGAUUCAAACAAAGCAAAUAAAUAUGGAACAUGACUACAGCAAAGUUGUCAGAGCUGUUGCUCUAACAUUAAAUAUUUUUGUCUUGUCCUGUACAUAGAAAUGUAUAUUUUAGUCAAAUUGUUUUAAUAUUUCGCUGCUAUCCUGAAAAUGUUUGCAUGUCAGUAGUAAGGUUUUGAAUGUAGAACACUUUCAGGAAGAAUCUUACUUUAUCGUGAUAAUGCAUUUAUUGGCAUGACAAAUACCUUGUUAUUUUAUUGUACAUGUGACUUUUCUAUUGUUAUGUUGAUACAGUUUCUAUUGUUAUGUUGAUACUAUAAUAUAUAUAUUUUUUUUAUUCAAAAGAAAAGAUUAUGAAAAGUGAGUCCCUAAUAAAUGUUUCAAUAUGGGUGGGUUCUCAGUGUGGUGAAUCUGUCUGAUUCUGUCCCUAAUAAAUGUUUCAAUAUGGGUGGGUUCUCAAUGUGGUGAAUGUAUCUGAUUCUAUCCUUAAUAAAGGUUCCU